GCCGUGUUGGCUGAUUGAACGUUCAUGUAGAGGCAGAUUUUCCUCCAUAUUUGAGUGACAGUCCACGGGAGAGAACAUCGCAGUCAUGAACACAGAUCAUAUUGAUGGAAGUGAGGAUGGAAAAAAGCGAGAUCUGCUUGGUAAAAAACGAGACUCAAAGAAGGGACAGAAAGAUCAGGGGUACAUGAAGUUUGACGAGGAGGACUCGGACACAUCUCAAAUCACCACAGAAGAAUUCAAGAGUCCAUCGAAAGCCAAGAAAUCAAAGUCAUUUUUCAAAAAGCAAAAACCAAAGGAAGAAAAGAAAGACAAAGAAGGGAAGAAGGAUGAGAAAGAGAAGGAAAAAGAAGGAAAGAGAGAAGAAAAAGAAGGAAAGAAGCACAAAAUUAAAGGAAAAAAGAAAUCCAAGCACGAACCUCCACCCCCAAGUGAGCCAGUUGAAGUUACCAAACCUAUUUUUGGUGUACCAUUGUCAGUGGCCGUGGAGAGAAGCCCAAGUCAUGAUGGGAUAGAACUGCCUCGGCUUUUCCGGGAGUGUGUAGAUUAUAUUGAGGAACACGGUUUAUCCUGUGAGGGAAUCUACAGAAUCUCAGGGGUGAAAUCUAAGAUCCAGAUGUUGAAGGACUGUUAUAACCGCGGGGCACCUGUUUACCUGGAGGAACAUGAACCAAACAUCAUAGCGAGCCUCCUUAAACAGUUCCUCCGCGAGCUCCCUGAGCCCGUGCUGACCAAAGCUCUCAUGUCAAAGUUUGAGGACGCCUCAGUGGUGCGAGGAGAGAUAGCAAGAUGUGAAGCAUUCCGGAGAUUAAUUAAUGACCUGCCUACGUGUAAUAGACUUCUACUGUCGUGGAUGAUUGUCCAUAUGACUCAUGUUAUACAAAGGGAGAAAGAGAACAAGAUGAGCCUACAGAACGUGUCCAUUGUCCUGAGUCCUACCAUGCAGAUCUCGCACAGAGUACUCAAUGUACUGUUCCAAUCCUCAUCUAAACUCUUCUCAGACAUCGAGAUCAAAAAAUAUAAACCCCCCAUUAAGCCCACUACUUCCCGCUGGUCACUAGAACUCCCAGAAUCCCUUGCUCCGAUGCAGGAGGAACUGCAGAAGCAGGAGUCUCUGCUAAACGCUCUCCAUGCAGAGAUCAACGCCGGGUCCACAGAUCAAGAGAAGGAGGAACAACUGUGGGAGGUCCAGCGAAUCGUGACCCAACUCAAACGAAAGAUCAAACAAGCCCAGAAACAAGCAACAGAGAGAAAAUUGAAGGAUGAGUCGAUCCCGCCCACUGUAACAGAGGAGGAGGAGUUGAAGCUUGAUCUACAGGUGCCAGUCAAACAACAAGCCCCGCCCCCACCUCAGCAAGGUCAACCUACAGAUCAAGAAGCCACACCUAUAUCAGAAACAGCUCAUCAAGAUGAAUCUGACAUGCAGCAUGUCCCAUCCCAGGAACAAGCCAAUCAGAAGGAGGCUUACAGGGAGACAGAGGAGGCUGGUCAAACUUCAGCCAAUCAAGAGCAAGAAGAGGAAAUCUCUGAUAAAGCUACAAUUGAUCAGAUAGAAGAAACUUGCCCUACUUCAAAAUCGGAGCAGGAACCUACCACAGAGAGAAAGGAAACUUUAGGAGAUGAUGUUGAUUCCAGAUCUGUGGAACCUGAGGAGACCCAAGAUACUGUCACUGAAAUGAAACAGGAAGUCAACCAAAAGGAGGAGAGUAUAGAACAAACACAAAAAGGAAGUGAGGACCAAACAGAAAGUGUGGAAAAGGAAGUUACUGGACAAGAAGUGGAGGUUGAUAAGUCAAAGGAGGGAGAACUGGCCCCGCAACAAGAAGUUGAGGACAUUGAGAAAACUGAAGAUGUGGGAUUUGACCAAUCUGCUGGGGUUGACACAGCUGGUGUGUCAGUCAAUGAGCAGGACGAAUCUUCUGAUGACCAAUUUGAAAACACUGCAGAGAAAAUUCUGGAGGCAGAGAGGGGUGUGGCACACAACUGGACAGAUGAAAGUGAGGCUUGUGUAACAGAUCAAGAAGAGGGGAGGUCACAGGUUAAAGGUCAACAGAGGUCAACUGAAGGUCAGGAAGAGGAAACUGUGCAGGAAGAGAGACAAACACUAGAUGAAGUGGACGGGGAGAAACCAAAUGAUACAUCAUUGCAGGAAGAAAUUGAAGAAGAUGAAGAGUUCGCCUAUGAUGAUGAGAUGAUGAAGUUGCUGGAGGAAGAACAGGCCCUUAUACUGGAGGAGGAGGAGCUUCUGGCUAUAGAACGAGAACUAAGAAAGAAAAUUGAGACGGAGCGACACGAGGCGGAGAGACUGAAUCAAGAAAUCGAUGAGCUGAAGUACCUGAGACAGGAUUCCGAUGUGGACGAGUACAGCUCCGAGUCUGACAGCAGCUACGAGAGCGAGGACGAGGAAGAUCUACAGGAGAUCCUCAAACAGCUGAUAGCUCGUAACGAGGAACAGGAGAGGAAGAAUGCCGAGUUGUGCAGUAAAAUUCAUGAGGAGAGGAUGAUAUGUCUGGAUGUCAAAGUCCAGAUCCGGAUGUUACAACAAAAACAACUGGAGAGUUCACUCAGUAUACAGGCCAUACUGGGAUAACAACAAC